AUUAUAAAUAAGGAAAGAACUCCAUCUAGAAAAGUUCACCCAAGAAAAGCCCAAUAAGGCCCACCAAACCUUCCUUCUUUCGCUAUAACACUCUCCUGUUCUUGUGCUCUUCCCUUCAUCUUCCUCUCAGAUUCUCACAUCUCAUCAAUUUUCCCUUCAGAUCCACAAUUUUUCAUCUGGGUUUUUCUUCUAAUCACCCAAUCCUUCCUCAAAUUCCAUUCUUUCUUUCCAAAAAUCAACCAUUAUACAAAAGGGAACAGAGUAAAACAGAGGAAUUACAAAAACCCAGAAAGAAGAAAUCAUGUCUAGUGGAUCUUUGAGCGAUGGUGUGAUAAAAAAGAUAGUUUUAUCGUAUACUUAUGUAGCAAUUUGGAUCUUUUUGAGUUUUACUGUGAUUGUUUACAAUAAAUACAUUUUAGAUCGGAAGAUGUAUAAUUGGCCUUACCCAAUUUCCCUAACCAUGAUUCACAUGUCUUUUUGUUCAUCUUUAGCCUUUUUUCUUGUCAAAGUUUUGAAAUUGGUUGAAUCAGUUUCAAUGUCAAGAGAAGUUUAUCUUUCUAGUGUUGUACCAAUUGGUGCACUUUAUGCCUUUUCUCUUUGGCUUUCUAAUUCAGCUUAUAUCUAUCUUUCUGUGUCUUUCAUUCAAAUGUUGAAAGCUUUGAUGCCUGUUGCUGUUUAUUCAAUUGGGGUUUUGUUAAAGAAAGAGAAUUUCAAAGGGGUAAUAAUGGGGAAUAUGCUGGCAAUUUCUUUUGGUGUUGCAAUUGCUGCUUAUGGUGAAGCCAAGUUUGAUGCUUGGGGUGUUUUUCUUCAAUUGGGUGCUGUUGCUUUUGAAGCUACUAGAUUGGUUUUGAUCCAGAUCUUAUUGACAUCAAAGGGUAUAAAUUUUAAUCCAAUUACAUCACUUUAUUAUGUUGCACCUUGUUGUUUAGCUUUUCUUUCGAUCCCAUGGAUCUUAGUUGAAUACCCCAUUUUAAGAGAUUCAUCAAGUUUUCAUCUUGAUUGGUUUAUUUUUGGGACAAAUUCAUUUUGUGCUUUUGCUUUGAAUCUUGCUGUUUUCUUGCUUGUGGGAAAGACUUCUGCUUUGACAAUGAAUGUUGCUGGGGUUGUUAAAGAUUGGCUUUUGAUUGCAUUCUCUUGGUCUGUGAUUAAGGAUACUGUUACACCCAUCAAUUUGUUUGGUUAUGGUUUAGCAUUUUUGGGUGUUGCAUACUACAAUCAUUGCAAGUUGCAGGCUCUUAAAGCUAAGGAUGCUCAAAAGAAGGUUACUCAGGCUGAUGAUGAACAAGGUAGGUUGCUUGAGGAAAGAGAUGGUGAUGGAAGGAGGAAUGAUAACCAGUCUUGAAUCGAUUGGUUUUACAAUGAGCUCGACAGUUACCAUUCUUUUGGUUGCAAUCAUGGGUUUGAGGUGCUAUGUAUUGCCAAAGAUUGUAGUGUGGGAGUUCAAGAGUUUUAGGGUUAAAGGGUUCGUUUGGAUGAUUCAUGGAGAGUGUUUUAGGUAGUAGUAUUAUUCAGAUAAUGCGAUUCCCUUGAUUGGAAUAGCUUAUUUAGUCUUAGUUGAUGAUAUUAAUAUGUUGUCCUUCUUAGAUUUACUUGCAACAGGUUUACUGAAAGGAAAUUGAGGGCUCGAGGCUUAGUUUCGAGAUUGUUCUUGAUUGAUAAAGAGCCAUUUGUAUGAGCCCUCUUUGGCCAUUCUCAUCUUUUUGUCACUUUUGUUCAUGUUCAAGUACUCUUGUUAUUGUCGCGAGAGUCGAAUAUUUAUCUAUUUGAUUUAUUUUUAUUGUAAUAUUUAUCUUCA